CAGGCUUUGCGUUAACUGAACGUGCUUUCUCAACAAGUUAUCCCUUACCCGUACUACCCGUACUAACAAUCUGCCAUGGUCGUCGAAGUUUCCGCCGCCAUCUCAGCAAACCCAUCUCCCCAGAUUCAGCUCGUCUUGAAAUGGGUAGAAGCAGCGAUUGGCAAGGACUUCGCAACGCUCGAGGCGAUCAUCACCGAUGACUACGUGCAAACUGUGCACCCUGACAAUCUCGGAGCACCUUUACACAAAGGCAAGGAACCUUUCUUGACCCACUACAAGACCGUUCUGCCUCUAUUUGUGGACUUCUCAGUUAAGAUUUUGGAGAUCAUCGAGACACCGGAUACAGUUGUGGUUCACGCCAAAGGAAGCGCAAAGACGCAGAUCAAUUAUGACUAUGAAAACGAAUACAUCAUGAUCUUCCAUAUCGUGAAGCAGCAGGAUGGACAGCUGAAGUUGUCGAGUGCCAAAGAGUUCGUAGACUCAAAGUUCAUGGCAGGGUUCAGGCAGGCUGUCGAGGCAGCGUUGACAGCAAAGAAGUGAUGAUUAUUUCAUAUUUUACGGACUUGGCAGGGCCUAUCACAAAGAUCAGCACGAGAUUAUAACAAAACCAAUACUACUUACUGAAUCGUCGUUGAGCAGGGCAAGAUGUGAUUGACAUGACAGGACCAUCAUGAAACAAACAAACAUAAAAGUAAGAUGUAGAGGCAGAGCUUGUGAUUACUUGCAAUCGGACAGAGGCUUUGAGAAUGACGUUCGAUCUGAAAACUUCCGUGACGCAGAGCCCUUCUAGAUAACGCAGCGAAGAAACAAGUACAGUACCCUGUACAAACCCAAGCUAGAGGUACAAGUACCAUAGCCAAUAACCGUUAAGC